UAUUUGGUGCACGUGCGUGUCCUGAGUCGUGUGUGUGUGUGCGCGCGCGCGCUCAGGUACAGGCGCGUUUCUGGGCAGUUUCUAAAGCGGAAAGAAGGCGGAACGGAUGAAUGCUGUAGCUUCCACACUACAAAACUAUUCUACAGCACGCCGACAUGGCUUUGGUAACUAAACAGAAAAAGGAAAGUGGAAAGAGACUGUUAUAGGAAAAAAAAGAAAGAAGAAAAGCACGAGCGCAGUCAGGCUGUAAAGUGGAUUGAGUGUGGAAACGGCCUGUGUUUGAGAGAGUGCUGUUCCUUUCUAAACACAGCUUUUCACUCAUGGCACCACCCCUUCAGACAACUUUGCUCAUACUGUCACUGCCAUGACCAAUGAAGGUUCGGAUGGCUUCCCUUCCUCUCUCUCCCUGGACCCAAGUGAGGAGAUCUCUUGCUGGCUCUCCAGCCUUCACUUGCCUCAGUAUGCCAACAGCUUUACUCAGGCAGGGUAUUACACCCUUAAAGACUGCAGGGACCUUACUGAGGAAAAGCUCCUGCAGCUGGCUCACUUUCCCACUGGCCAUCGGCGGAGGAUCCUACACAACCUCGAGGUCCUCAUGGCACGAGAUCGUUAUGAGGAAGGUUCUGAGAUGGCAGGAGGGAAGAAAAAGCCUGUUCCAUUUCCGAGAACUAUCUUCCUUAAGAAAGGGAAGAGAGUAGCCAUCUCUCAAAAUCCACACACAAACAACACUGGUGAAAUCAACAGAUUGCCUGGAACCCAGACUCUUCCUGCAAGGACUGGUAAAGAGAAAGCGCUAAGACAUGACCCUGGUUUUAUCUCAACUGCCUCCCACACACUCCCACGUAGCAAUUACAAAGCAUCCUCUUCAGGUUCCAGAUCUGCCUCUUUGGCUAGCAGCAAUGCUUCACUGUCACCUUCCUCACACUCUCUGCCCUCAGAUUGGGAGGUUACGCCUUCCUUCGCACAGCCAGUCUCGGGUGUAAAAUAUGAUGUAAACUCGGAAGAUUGCGCAACUGGAUUCCUGGGAGAAAUGGUGGAAAAUGAUAUAUACGAGAGUAGCCCAUUUUCAGCUUCCGAUCCAAGGCCCACACGCUCCUUCAAGCUACGGCACAGGCCUGUGCCAGAGAUCCCAGAACACCCCAUGAUACCACCAAAUGACCGGAGUAUAUCUGUGAAAUCCGGCACGGAGCAGCACAAAGGCAAAGACGAUCCCAGUGGCAGCAGACAGAGAGCUCUUCACGAGGCACUGAAAUCUGAGGACAUCAGUCCCUAUGGUGAGGUUUACCUCUACAACACCAUUGCAGAAAACCAGUUGGUUGUGGAAUCAAAAGAAAUGUUAAACCAAGAAAUAAAGGAGAAACUGGAACAGAAAAAAUCAAGGAAGCAACUAGAGAAGGUGACAGAGAGCACAAGUAGGCGCCUCAGCGAUGAUUAUGCGUUGCUCCAGUCAUGCAUACCUAGUCAGGAGCCAGUCAUUGAGUGUUCUUUAAGCACAGCAAAAAGCCUUGCACAGCCUGCACUGCAAUUUCCUGGAGCCAAGUCACAGGUGGAUUUUGGUGGUGUUUGUAGUGAGUCAUUGGACACUCUCUCUCAACUGGUGCAACACACACUUCCUGUCCACAGCGAGUCAUCUAUAUCACCGUAUGCCUGUUUCUAUGGACAACCUAAACAGUCUAUAAAAAUGGGCUGGCUGGACAAGCUUUCUCCUCAGGGAAAUCGUGUCUUUCAAAGAAGAUGGGUCAAGUUUGAUGGCGAGAAUCUUUCUUACUUUAACAAUGAAAAGGAGAUGUACUCUAAAGGACUGGUUUCUCUCCUAGCCGUUAAGCAGGUUCGCUCAGUGGGAGACAAUAGGUUUGAGGUGGCCACCUCCAUGAGAACCUUUGUUUUUCGAGUCGAAAAAGAAGGAGAGCGUCAGGAAUGGUUGGCGGUGCUGCAGGCUGCUCUGAAGUCUCGCUCAUCCGUUUCCCACACGCCCAGUAAGCUCAGCUCUAGCAAGAGCGGCUACGUGGAGCUGCGCGGCCACAAAGGCAUCUACCUCAGCCUCACGGGACCCAGAAUCCGACUCUGCAAAACAGACCAGGACUUUAACGCUGGGGUGGCUAUCACCAUGGUGGAUCUGACUGCUGCCUGUGUCAAGCAUGCGGACCGUAGAGGCUUUGAGAUCAACACCCCAUUCAAAUCCUUCUGUUUCACAGCCGAGUCCGAGCGAGAGAGGGACGAAUGGAUCGAGGCUGUGCAGGAAUCAAUCGUUGAAACUCUGUCCAAUUACGAAGUGGCCGAGAAGAUUUGGUUCAACAAGUCGAACAGGAGCUGCGCCGACUGUGGCGCUUCCCAUCCAGAGUGGGCCUCCAUUAACCUCGGAGUGGUCAUCUGUAAAACGUGUGCAGGUCAACAUCGGUUCCUAGGCUCCGGUAUCUCACAGGUGAGGAGUCUGAAAUUGGACAGCACCAUUUGGACCAAUGAGCUGGUGGAGCUCUUUUUAGAAGUUGGAAAUGAGAACGCCAACAAAUUCUGGGCUGCCAAUCUACCACCGGGGGAGGUGCUUCACAAGGGGGCGUCGCCAGAGCAGCGUGCAAUCUUUCACCGCAGGAAGUACAGAGAGAGAAAGUACAGGAAAGUUCUGGAAGGACUGAACACCCAGGAGAAGCUCAACCAGGUGUUGUGUUCUGCAGUCCUCCAGCCUGAUGUGUUGUUGACCAUGGCGUUGGUGUUUAGCGGGGCAGAUGUGAUGUGUGCUACAGGAGAUCCUGACUAUUCCACUCCUUACCUUCUUGCUCAGAAAGGAGGCCAGAGGCUGCAAAUGGAGUUUCUCUAUCACAACCAACUCUCAGAAUUUGCUAAGAUGGAGAUGGUAGGUGACAGCAGAUCUUCAGUAGACAUAUCUUCUUUCAUGGAUGGGUUUCUUUACUGUUCGGUCAACAUGCUGAAGAGCACGCUGGAUAAAAAUAGGAGAGACGAUAUGGCGCAGCGCUGGUGCACAUUAGAAGGUGGCUACCUGAGUUACUACGAUGAUGAAAAGAGUGCCACACAGCUAGGAAGAGUGGCUGUCGGUGAGAUGGUGAGCCUGGCCUUCAGCAACACCGAGACCAUGACAGGAGCAGGGGCAGUGUUCACCUUUGAGAUCUACCUGGAGUCUGAGAAAAUACUCUCGUUUGGUGCUCAGACAUCAGACGCACAAAGAGCCUGGGUCCAUGCCAUCACCAAGUGUUUAAACCCUGAGAGGGUGGACUCUUUGCUGAAUCAGGACUGUGAGCUGAUUGGUCGUUUGUACUAUAAGGAGGGACAUGACCUUUAUCACUGGAGACAAGGAUGGUUCUCUUUAGUCGGCUCCGAACUGUUCCUCUAUUCCAAGGAUGUGCACGUUAAUGAGGUGGUUCUACAACUUAAACGGCUGCAGGAACUUACUGUCUCAACUCAUUUGGAGGGAGAUGAGAGGAUUCAGGUUCUGCUCAUGGUUGAGAGUGGCAGGACGAUCUACAUACAUGGCUUCACCAAACAGGACUUCACUUUAUGGCAUUCUGCCAUCCAAUUUGCUGCUGGCAGAGAUGGCCGAGCACUAAGCAAUCAACAGCUUACCAAAAAUGACGUACCCAUUAUCGUUGACAGCUGUAUUGCCUUUGUCACUCAAUACGGUUUGUGUCAUCAGGGCAUCUAUCAGAAGAACGGUGACCCAAAACGUGUUGCCCAGCUGCUAGAAGAUUUUACCAGAGAUGCACGGAAUGUUAAGCUUCGACUUCAGGAACAUCGAUUAGAGGACGUAACAGAUGCACUCAAAGACUUCCUGUCCAAUUGCGAGGAUGCUUUAUUAGCCAAAGAGCUCUACCCUUACUGGAUUUCUGUCCUCGAUGAAGCGAGUGAGAAGGACAGGGUUGAGAAGUACUCCACCUAUAUUCAGAGUUUACCCAAGAUCAACAGAUCAACUCUGGCGGCACUAUUGCAGCAUCUGUACAGGAUUCAGAGCUGCUCUCAGAUAAACCAGAUGAAAACUCAGAAUCUGGCAUGUGUUUUCUCAUCCUGCCUCUUCCAGACGGGAGGACAUGCGCCCCAAGAGACCUGUGUUGUGGAAGAUCUUAUAAGCAACUACGUUCAGCUCUUCUCUGUCAACGAGGAGCAAGUCAGGCAAAUGGAGAGGGAGAACCGCUGUAUUAUGAGGUGGAAGGACACUACAUUCUCUCCAGCAGGUGACCUGAUCUUAGAGGUUUACUUGGAAAGGAAGGAACUGGAAAACUGCUGUUUAAUCAAGGUCUCUCCCACCAUGUGCGCUGAUGAGCUGACUGACAUCCCUCUGGAGAUGAAAGGCAUACUGACAGGCCAGCAUGACCUCUGGACCACGUUUGAGGUUAUUGAGACUGGAGAACUGGAACGCCCAUUACACUACAAAGAGAAGAUUCUGGAGCAGGUUUUAGAGUGGAGCACGCUAGAGGAUCCCAGCUCAGCUUUCCUGCUCAUUAAAAAAUUUCAUGGAUCUAAGACAUCCCGUUCCAACUCUGAAGGCCAAAUGGACUUCACUAAAGGAGAGCAGCUGAAGUUUAAAGAUGGCUCCAGCAAACUGCUUUCUGGGAACAAAUUUCAGGACAAAUACUUUGUACUGCGGGAUAAGAAGCUUCUGCUAUAUAAAGAUGCAAAAAGUUCUAAACCAGAGAGAGAGGUUCCUGUGGAGUCGGUGAAAUGCUACCUUGGGAUAAGAAAAAAGCUGAAACCAACUAGCAAUUGGGGUUUCACAGUUUACACGCAAAAACAGCAAUGGUAUUUCUGCUGUGAGGGAAAAGAUUCACAGUUGGACUGGGUUACUGCUAUUAUCAUGAGUAAGUAUCAAGAAUACUUAUGGCCUACAUGCAAAGCAACAAGCAAAUCCUGUGAUCAACAGAGCAGCAGAGAGCAUGCAUCUGCUCGCCUGGGUACAGAGAUUGAAGCAGCCAAAAACAGCAAGGAGGACAACAGGAUAGUCCCCCUGAAUGUCAGUUCUGACAAGAUGAAGUCAAAGAACUUAAGUGACUCUGAUGCUUUGAACAGAAUGGCAAUGCUGGAGGACUGUUUACCGUAUAAAACCCAAAAAGCGGAUUCAAUACAGGGACCGCAUUUGGCCCCCGGUGGACCGUAUCCAAGAGACAAAAUGGUUGUCGAAGGAUCCCUGCAGACUCGAUGCAGACCUGUACCUCAUCAGGAUUCUGCUAACUACACCAAAUCUCAGCAGAAAAAAACAUUGAUUGGAUGCAGCACAGGACAAAUGCCUCAGAGUCUUCUCGAUGAACUGAGCACAGUUCUUAACCAAACAGGACGUAUACCCAGAGGAGAAAGCUGAGAGCUCACAAAAAAAAAAAAAAAGGCUAGAAUGAAGAGGCGGAAAAGUCUUGCAAGUGGUAUUGCGGAGGUUGAAAGAGCAAAUGACUCUUUCAACCUCCAGAAGACCUCUAGAAAAGCAAAACAAAGCUGUACGUAAUGUAAAAUUUAUAUAGUGUGCAGUCUACAUGGUGCACACCAAAGCUUUUCUCUUAGACCUUCACUAACCUUAAAAGAACAUCUAACUGCUACCUUCCAGCCAGUACUAUUGUACAGUGGUGUUCUGAAAGCAAGACAAGUAAGUGUAUGUAAUGUAAAGUGCUCUGGUAUAGAUUUCUGGGCCAAACAUCAGUAGGAAUGUGUGGGUGUUUAUGCCUCAGAGUGUAUAGACUUCACAUUCAACUUUGACCACAGUAUAAAACUAGCUUGCUGUCUAUGGAUCACCUGCAGCACACCAGAUAAAGGAUGAUAAUUAGUAAAGCACGGAGUCUAUUAUGCAAAAUGAAAACAAAAUGAAAAUCACACACAGGUGAGAAAUUUUAGACUAAUUUUAGACAGGUUCUCUAGAAGAAUGCAAGGCAACUAUUUCAAUUCUGCUUGAUUUUUCAGUAUUUAAUUUCAGUGCUUUAAUUGAGGUCUAGUGGAGGUCAGUUCACACAGUUUUUUUUUACGUCAAAACACUGACCAAUUUAAAGUUUGUUUUAUAUAUAGAAAGUAUUUAGAAUGAAUGUGGCCUUUUAUAGCGGGGGGAAAAAGUCCAUUUCCUCCAGUGUUUACAUUUCCUAAACUGUCAACAGAAGCAUGCCCUUUUCUUUUGUAAUAUCCCAGGAGUCCAAGUCACCUAGCGCCGUUAAAUAAUGAAUCUUUUCCUGAGUGGGUCUACGUAGGCUGCUUUUUUGUUGUUGUUGUCCAGUUUGCUUUAAAUAUUAACAUUUUAUUAUGCAUUAUGUAGCUUCUGCCUUUAUUUCAUGUUCUUUUGAAAACAUUCCCAAUGUGCACUUUUGACUUUUUUUGAAAAACGUGCAAAAUAUGUAUAAAUAAAUGAUACUAAAAGUUA